AGCAGCAGUUGAACUAAAGGAUGGGGAAGGCCAGGGUCAGGAGGCUGCUCUGGGUGUUCUUCCUCUUCAUAUCAGGACUCCAAGUCGCAGCCAGUUCAGAAGUCACGUUUAUCCGAGCAGAGGGGGAAUCCCUUGAAGUGAUCUGCCCCACCAACAUCUGGAAGCACGCCAACAGCAUGAAGGCUUGGGUGAGGCUGGACGGUGCAGAGGCCAGGCCUCUGGUGUUCACGGAAAAGCCCACAGGGAAGCCCACUCAAGUCCAGGUGGAAAGGUACUUCCUGGAGGAUGUGCCCACCGAAAGCAUCCUACGUGUCCGAAUGAUCAGCCUUCAACAGGCAGACUCAGGGCUGUAUCAGUGUGUGAUCUACCACCCUCCCAAGGUCUCUGAAGUCCUGUUCCAUCCUGUCCGCCUGGUGGUGACCAGCAAUUUGCAAGCUGAAGGCCAGGAAGUGAACCAAGAGUGCCUGCAAGAAGGAGAGAACCUGACUGUCACCUGUUCUUACAACCUCCAGCUGUAUGCCACCAGCCCAAAGGCCUGGCAGCGGGUGACUCGCCAGGGCCCACCAGUGACACUGGUGCGCACAAGUACUAGAGACCCAGAGCACAACGUGGCCCAGGCUGGGAGAUACGUGCUGCAUGAUUACCCCACUCAAUCCGUGUUCAAGGUGACAGUCACAGAUCUCCAGAGGCAGGAUGUGGGCCUGUAUCAGUGUGUGAUUGACCUCUUACCUCAGAACCCCACUGUCCUGCAACCUCAGAUUCGGCUGGUCCAAUGCAAAGCUUCAGAAGGGCAAGGAUCUGCACUGGCCCUUGACCUCACAAGUCUUCCAGAACUGGCUACUAUUCUGACUUUUGGAUUGAUCCUGAACAAGAGCAUCGUGUUCUCAGUCCUGUUUGUCUUUCUCCGGAAAGCCUGAAUUCAGGCAAGGAGGUCUCCUGAAGGGGCACAAUGCAAGCAAACCCUGAGAAGCAGCCGGCUCACCCUUCCAGGAGCAACAGUCACACCUUCCUCCCUAACAAACACCACAUUCAUAUUCAGCGAUAAGUAAAAAUACUUUCUUCAAGUUCAAAGAACCUGCCAAAGAUUUGUUACCAUACCAUAAGAUCUGUACUUUAAGAUCAAAAUGUGGCAUAGUUGCAGUGGAAAACUAUGCAGCCAUAAAAAAGAUAAAUUCUUGCCAUUGGCAGCUUAGAUGGAUCUUCAGAGGAUUGUGCUAAGUGAAAUAAGUCAAAAGUGGGAAAGACAAACACCAUACCAUUUUAUUCAU